AUGAAGAGCCCACACCCACGCAAUCACACCCACAGAAUGAAGAGCCCACACCCACGCAAUCACACCAACAGAAUGAAGAGCCCACACCCACGCAAUCACACCAACAGAAUGAAGAGCCCACACCCACGCAAUCACACCAACAGAAUGAAGAGCCCACACCCACGCAAUCACACGAACAGAAUGAAGAGCCCACACCCACAGCCCACACCCACGCAAUCACACCAACAGAAUGAAGAGCCCACACCCACGCAAUCACACCAACAGAAUGAAGAGCCCACACCCACGCAAUCACACGAACAGAAUGAAGAGCCCACACCCACGCAAUCACACCAACAGAAUGAAGAGCCCACACCCACCAGAAUGAAGAGCCCACACCCACGCAAUCACACCCACAGAAUGAAGAGCCCACACCCACGCAAUCACACCAACAGAAUGAAGAGCCCACACCCACGCAAUCACACCAACAGAAUGAAGAGCCCACACCCACGCAAUCACACCAACAGAAUGAAGAGCCCACACCCACGCAAUCACACCAACAGAAUGAAGAGCCCACACUCACGCAAUCACACCAACAGAAUGAAGAGCCCACACCCACCAGAAUGA